AUGGCACCGCCCAACUCGAAAAAUAACCAAAAAGAUGUUGCAAGUGAUGCAUCAUCUCUCAAUUCAAUUGGUUCAACUCCAUCUUAUGACGGUAGCUCUGAUUCCUCAGCCUUCUCGACUGCGUCUUCAUUCACUCCAACUCCGAGUUCUCGUUCUCGUCUUGAUUCUUUCCUUUCCACUGCGUCCUCUUCUGGAAAAAGCCCGAGAAGAAUGAGCAGACAUCGUUAUUCUUCUGGAUCUCGUAGUAACUCAUCAUGCCGUUCUGGAACUAGCUCGAAUUCGAAAUCGAGCCGCAAGAGUAUUCUGAAAAAGUCAAGAAAUACGUCUUCUGGCAGAAAACUUUCCGUUUCUAAGAAAAGAAGUAAGUCUCCAAAUAAAAAUAUGCUUCCCGUUGGAGAAUUUGCGAAGAUCAAAAAUCCAGCUAUUUUGAGACAAGUGCGUGGAUUCAUUUCGGAUUAUUCUACUGAUCCGGAGUUCGAAGCUUUCUCUUUGAAUGUCGAUGGAAUUCCAUUUGUGGCUCUAUCACUUAUGAAUUCCGAUUCUACUCUUCUGGGCAGAUUCAAGAAUGUCCAACCGCCGACUCCAAUGAAAAAGCAUACUCCGGGUUUGAACAGUCCCCGUAAACGUCUUCAACCAUACUCUUCGAGAUCAUCGUCUGCUCAUUCGAAAUGUGUUCGUUUCACCGAUGAAGGAUCGUCUCCGAAAAAAGCGAAAAAAUCAUUGUCGGGCGAGAAUCAGGAAAGUUUCCGUGAAUUAGUUGAGACUGUCUCCGACGCAAUGAUUGAAAACGGACGCCAGUACAAUGAUUUGUGGAAGGAUCGUACAAACAGUGUUGAGAAGUGA